CCCCUUGCUGAAGCGCGGCGGCCGCAGUCUUGGCGGUUGCAGAGGGAGGUCGCGGCGGAGCCGGUGAGAAGCAGCAGCUGCCUUCGGCCUCGGUGCCCGGACGCUUCCGCGCUCGCCCUCACGAUGUCUUCUGUGCCGGACGCCGCCGCCGGCGACGAGCUGAAGCAGACGAAGGAGAUGGAGGACGCCGAGAAGUACUCCUUCAUGUCCACGCUCACCAAGGCGCCCAAGAAGCAAAUCCAGUUUGCGGAUGAUAUGCAAGAGUUCAGCAAAUUUCCAACCAAGACUGGUCGCAGGUCUCUUUCUCGGUCCAUUUCACAGUCUUCCACUGACAGCUACAGCUCUGCGGCAUCCUACACAGAUAGCUCUGAUGAUGAAGUUUCCCCAAGAGAAAAACAGCAAACUAAUUCAAAGGGCAGUAGCAAUUUCUGCGUUAAGAAUAUCAAGCAGGCAGAGUUUGGCCGCCGAGAGAUAGAGAUUGCUGAGCAAGACAUGUCUGCACUGAUUUCACUUAGAAAACGAGCUCAGGGGGAGAAGCCUUUGGCUGGAGCUAAAAUUGUGGGAUGCACGCACAUUACAGCACAGACUGCGGUCUUGAUUGAGACGCUGUGCGCCCUGGGAGCUCAGUGUCGUUGGUCUGCUUGCAACAUUUAUUCGACUCAGAAUGAGGUAGCUGCUGCCUUGGCUGAAGCUGGUGUUGCUGUAUUUGCCUGGAAAGGAGAAUCCGAGGAUGACUUUUGGUGGUGCAUUGAUCGCUGUGUUAAUGUGGAUACCUGGCAGGCCAACAUGAUCUUGGAUGAUGGGGGAGACCUGACCCAUUGGGUAUAUAAGAAAUAUCCAAAUGUAUUUAAGAAGAUCAGAGGCAUUGUAGAAGAGAGUGUGACAGGUGUGCACAGGUUAUACCAGUUAUCAAAGGCUGGGAAACUUUGUGUUCCAGCUAUGAAUGUAAAUGACUCUGUCACCAAACAGAAAUUUGAUAACUUAUAUUGUUGCAGAGAAUCCAUCUUAGAUGGCCUAAAGCGGACAACGGAUGUGAUGUUUGGAGGAAAGCAAGUGGUGGUGUGUGGCUAUGGUGAGGUUGGAAAGGGAUGCUGUGCAGCUCUGAAGGCCCUGGGAGCCAUAGUUUGCAUCACAGAGAUUGAUCCUAUCUGUGCUCUUCAAGCCUGCAUGGAUGGGUUUCGGGUAGUGAAACUCAAUGAAAUCAUUCGCCAAGUGGAUGUUGUCAUAACUUGCACAGGAAACAAAAAUGUGGUGACUAGAGAGCACUUGGACCGAAUGAAGAAUAGCUGCAUUGUAUGUAAUAUGGGCCAUUCCAACACUGAAAUUGAUGUGGCUAGUCUUCGUACCCCAGAGCUAACCUGGGAGCGUGUACGUUCUCAAGUGGAUCAUAUAAUCUGGCCUGAUGGCAAGCGAGUUGUUCUCCUAGCUGAGGGAAGACUUCUGAAUCUGAGCUGUUCAACAGUUCCAACCUUUGUUCUGUCCAUUACUGCUACCACUCAGGCUCUGGCUUUGAUUGAGCUUUACAAUGCUCCUGAGGGACGAUACAAACAAGAUGUGUACCUUCUGCCUAAAAAGAUGGAUGAGUAUGUUGCCAGCUUGCACCUGCCUUCAUUUGAUGCCCAUCUGACAGAGCUAACAGAUGAUCAAGCGAAGUAUCUGGGGCUUAACAAAAAUGGACCCUUUAAACCAAACUAUUAUAGGUACUGAUGGACCAUAACGCUGAAGGACCAGACUACAUAAUCUACACAAGAGCUUUAGCAAGAAUAUUUUUAAAGAACAUAUUUUUUGUGUUACUUCUAAAAACUUUUUUAUUUUUUAUUUUAUUCAUGUGAUUUUACUGCCCUCUCUUAUUCUCUUUAAUAUUCCUCUGUCUUUGUGUCUGACUUUACAGACAACCUGGGAUUUCCCUGCUGCAUCACCACUAAAAUAGUACAGUUUCAGCUCCUCAGCUCUAUUACUAAGGAAAGGAUUUCCCUGGGUAAUGAAGGGCAUUCCUGUCCUCUGCUCAUUUUAUUUUUUAAUUUAAAACUUUCUGGAGCACCUUAGUUGUAGUUGGUAGAACUGCAAAAUAUUAAGAGUACUAUUUUUUCUGUGUGGAAUUAUCUACAAAUUCUAAAUUGCCUUAACGAGCCCCAAUUUAUUAGCUGCUAGAUCAGUGCUCCUUUUCCUGUACUGGAACAGAGUUAUAUCUUGUGGCCAGUUAGGUGUAUAUUCAAUAAAUGCCUAAUAUUGUGUUGUGAAGAAAACAGUGGGACAAUUUCAAAUACUAUUUAUUUUUAGUUAGGCUAUUUUUCCUACAUGAAAUAUGUAGCUGCAUGCCUGAUUACACCAAUCCUAGGUAGACUUUUAACAUUCUUUUUAAGUUGCUAGGGUGCUAAUCUGAAUUGAAAUGGCUAUUGACUAUCCACUGUCUUCACUUUUCCAUAGCUUUUAUAUGUUAUAUUUUUCCUUUCUUUAAAUGAAGAUGUACCAGAAACAUAUUUUAAAAGGCAAUGGGUGAGAAUUCCUUUUCCUUCGAGUUUGGACAUUUUUAAGGUAGAAUCAUAGAAUUCUAUGAAGAUAUCAGUAAUACAUUGCAGAAUUGGUAGGGGCCACUAAGAACCAAGUCAGUCCUUUUGAGCUGAGUUGGGUAUCUCCUGUGCUCCAUCCUUUCAUUUGUCCAGCACCGGAGAUAUAUGGAUGAUGUAGUAGCUUAGCUUUUCAUACCUUACAAAGCCAGUGUGGGGAACCUUUGGUCCUACCAGAUGUUGCUGUACUACAACUCCUAUCAGCCCCAGCAAGGGAUGAUGUGAGUUGUAGUUCAGCAAACAAUUGGAGAGCCAAAUGUCCUCCCCCUGCUGCCGCUCACACCUGCUAUAAAGAAUUAUUCAUUGUGUAAAGCACCUUCCCUCCACCUUCAGGCUCCAUUUGUAGCAAAUGAAUAUUGAAGGUGGAAUCCCUUCCCAUUGGCACUGCUGUUUUAAGUGCUCUGCUGCUUUAAUUACCUUGGCUUAGGCUAGCCUAUUCUGUCUGGUUAUCUUGAUGCACUGGUACCUCUCCUGCGAAACUACGGUGCAGCCAGAUUUCACAUUUUUGUGCCAUGAAAGAGGAGGGAGCUCAUCUUUAGAGAGGCAAACAUCAGGCUAAAGGAAGGUGGUUCAGGCAAAUACUGCCUGCAUCUGAUCACUUCAGACUUGUGCUGAAGUCUCAAGGGGCAGUGAUGAAAAGCUAGAGACUACUGUGAAUCAUAGUGAAUAUAUGAUCAACCUUGAAUUUCUGUGGCUUUUUAUGUAACCUUUGCAGAAAACUUGAUGUAAAUACAGAUGACAUUCCUA